AUGUUCGGGCACAGGAACGGAUACAUACCCCUUGAUCCGGAUAGCGACAUCGUACACGAGGAGGAGGACCGUCAGCGCGAAGCACACAUGCCUAUCUGUGACUGUUCCAACUGCCAACCCGAGGAAGCUGAAGCCCUCUGGCUAGCUCAAGCGAGCCUAACUAACGAUAAUUUUGAUAGCGCGCUCAAAAUGGGGGAGGACGAGCUCUUCGAACUCAUCAAUAGCCUACCCGACCCUCCUGCACCUCCUGUGAAAGAUAUGCGAAACAUUCCCAUGCUCUGUGGAACCGACGAUCCGAUUGUCGAGUGCCCAACCCUCUCUAGGCUAGUUAGCCUGUGGGAUCAGGCCUUCACCGAAUUCUGGCACUCUCAGUUCACUCAUCCGUGCCAUCUAGGCCCGGACAAUCAUUUCGGGCGGGAUUUGGGAUGGGACCUAGCCAAAAAUGUCGAUUUAUUCUUGCAACCCGAAGACUUAGGUGUGGUCCUUGCUAGCGAGUCCAUACCUGGACAAUUCACCUGCCUGUUCAAUGCAUUCUUACAGUGGAAAGAACAUCCCAACGCGGCUUCCACGGUUGUCAAAGCAGCGGAGCGACGAAAGGCGGCUGCUCGGCCUCCUAGCAAACCCAUUCAAUCGGUUGAAGGAGCAAGAAUUGCACAAACACGUGCUGAAGCUAAUAAAAUCGCGACCAAGGAGGCCAAGCUGGUGGAAAAGCAACGAGAAGCCCAGGCAAAAGCUGCCGAGAAGGUAGCAGCGGCUGAACAAAAGGCGCAAGCAAAGCUAGACGCGGACUUACGCCGAUUGGCCCUGAAGGAGACGGCUCAAAAUGAACGAGCUCGAAAGCGCGAACUGGCCAAACAGGAACGGGCUGAAGUCAGAGCGGCGAAGAAAGAGGCGGCCGCUGCACAUAAGAAACAGCCUAAUACCGCCCCAGCCGGUAAAAUAGGCGGUGUCACAGUCCCCCGCCGGCCGUUGUCCCAAAGGGCCAAGCGAGGGGCAGUGGAACUCCCAUACUCGUCCCCCAACAAGAAAACGGACAACAGGCGAGGUCAGCACGGGUAUUUCUUGUGGACAACUGUCCAGUCACGUCAUAUGUACCAAUAUUCUGAUUUAUUUCACUCCUCGCCAGGAAACUCCCCACUCUGA